CUCAACGUCAACCGAGUUUGGAUUUUUGAGUCUCAUCCAAAUGCGAUAAACCCCAAACCCAAUGCACUGCCACUAAACUGAGGUUUAGAUUUGCGGAACCCCUUAGUUUUUUUACAUUAGUGAGUCAAAGAUGUCUACUUUUUGGCAUUUGGGUACUUAGCAUGCUUCUGCAAUUUUAAUUUUGUUGCUGCAUGUUUAGUUAAUUCAAUACACCCAGUUGACAAAGAGAUGGAAUUUGAAUAUGGUUGUGGCAUGUUUUUGUUGUUUAUAUGAAGAACUGGAAACUGAAGGAUCCAGAUGAUUUUAUGAGAUUGGUUGAAGUCUUUGUUUCAUUUGAAAAGGUUGAUUUUUUACUUGCAUCUGGAAACAUAAAUUUUAUGCUUCUCUAUUCUGAAUGGGGUUGUUUGUACCACCUUUUUUUUGGUUCUGACAUCAAAAUCAUGAAGGGUCAUAGUGAUGGAUGGUGAAUGAGAUCAUAGUGAUGGAUCAUGAAGGGUUACUGGAGUUAAAGUUGGACUAUGAAGGGUCAUGUCUCCCAUACUAUUGGUAUUAUGUAUAUGAAACCAUAAACAAAACUCUGUGUUAAAAGGAAAAUCGUUGGUCUGUGAAUAUAACUGUUGAGAAAAUGUUUCUCAAAGCAAAUUCGAGAAACUAAAUGAGGUGGGAUAUUCAGAUUGGAGUCCUUGUAGCUGUGCUAUUGUCUAAAACAUACUCUUUUUGCUCUCUGAAAUGGAUUGGCAGGCACUUUUGUUAGUUUCAGUAGUGGAGUCGUGUUGAAUAUACCAAUGGCUUGUUCGUUUAGUUUGCCAUCAACAGGCCUCCAUAAAUUUGGAUUGAGUCCUCAAAGCAGAGUUUCGCACACGAAAUAUGGAGUUUUCACUUUGAGAUCCUCACCUGGGCUUCUUCGUGUCCGGGCCGUGCAAGAGAAUGGAGGGUCCCGCAGACUAGUUGAUAUAAUCAGAACUGUGCCAGAGCUCUCGAGGAACUACUUUCGAAGUCCAUCUCGUAGGGCUCUCUUUGGGGGAAUAUCUUUGUUGGGUGGGUUUUACGUUGCACAAACAAUAUCUCUGUCAUUUGGAGCUUUAGGAGUCAAUGAUGUUAUUGCUGCAGUUGUGUGUGUUCUCCUGACAGAAUAUGUAACCAAAUUUUAUUACAGCAGACCAAAAGUAACAUUCCCUGUUGCUCUUCUCAACAAUUUCAAAAUGGGAUUCACUUAUGGUCUGUUCAUAGAUGCUUUUAAGCUUGCCAGUUAGUGCCAUAUAAAAAUGGUAUUGACGAGGACCUUUUUGGCUAUGUAAAGUACUCCAUUCUCUGUUUAUAUUGAUAUUUAGAUUAAAAGAUGCAUUUUUGAAUUA